GGAGGGGCGUCAGUCAGUCCAGCAAAGAAACUUCCCAGAGCUGCCAGGAAACAUCAGAAAGUCGCUCUCGCUCCUCCAGAAUGAACUUUUGGAACUUGUAAUGUCGCUAAAGGAAUACGGUUUCCCGCUUAAUAACACCUCCUGAGCACAUCCAGCGCUUGAUGUGUUUUUUUUUUAUUACAACGGAUUUGUUUAGUAGGCAGCUGCCUUUCUUCAUAGUUUAAACGGACAACAGUGGUCGCUUUGCUGGGGAAGGACCUCUUCAGUGUGCACGCCUUUACAAAUGUCUUUUAUAAUGGAGGAAAAUGCUUUUUGUGUUUCAGCCUUUUGCUUUUAGUGUUUGUUUUAACCGGUGAAUAUUCACAGCAGAUGUUUGCCGGCGCCAGCUGAGUCUCCUCCAUGUAGGUUUGGUUUAAAACAUAAAGUAAAGUUAUUUGGCACUUUAAUGAAUACAUCAGGUGGUAACUAACCGCGUUCGAGUUGGAAAGGAUGGCUGGCGUGGUGCGCACCCUGAGCCGGUGUCUGCUGCCCGCUGAGGCCGCUCACGAUGACAGGAGCAACGGGAAAGGACGAGGAGACCGCGAGCGCGAUGUGAACCAGGAGCGCGAGGCGAAGCGGCGCAAUCGCGAGAUCAAUGCCAUGAUCGCGCGCGAGAGGCGCUCGGUGCGGCGUCUGGUGAAGAUCCUGCUGCUGGGCGCCGGAGAGAGCGGCAAAUCCACAUUCCUCAAACAGAUGAGGAUCAUCCACGGAAAAGAGUUUGACCAGAAAGCGCUGCUCGACUUCAGGGAUACGAUCUUUGAGAAUGUCAUCAAGGGGAUGCGGGUACUGGUGGAUGCCCGAGACAAACUUGGCGUUCCUUGGCAGAACUCUGAGAACGAGAAGCAUGGCAUGUUUGUUAUGUCCUUCGAAAACAAAGCAGGCAUGCCUGUCGAACCCUGCACCUUUCAGCUGUACGUCCCAGCCCUGCAGGCACUCUGGAAUGAUAGUGGCAUCCAGGAAGCCUACGGCCGACGGAGUGAGUUUCAGCUGAGUGAAUCAGUGAAAUAUUUCCUGGACAACUUGGAUUGGAUUGGACAACUGAAUUAUGUACCGAGCCGACAGGACAUCCUAUUGGCCAGGAAGGCCACCAAGGGAAUUGUGGAGCAUGAUUUUGUCAUUAAGAAGAUCCCAUUUAAGAUGGUAGAUGUGGGUGGUCAACGCUCUCAGAGACAGAAAUGGUUUCAGUGCUUUGACGGCAUCACCUCCAUCCUCUUCAUGGUGUCCUCCAGCGAGUAUGACCAGGUGCUGAUGGAAGACCGCCGCACCAACCGCCUGGUGGAGUCCAUGAACAUCUUUGAGACCAUUGUCAACAACAAGCUCUUUUCCAAUGUCUCCAUAAUCCUCUUCCUCAACAAGAUGGACCUUCUGGUGGAGAAGGUACGCAAAGUCAGCAUUUGCAAACACUUUUCCGACUUCCGGGGAGACCCUCACCGACUGGAGGAUGUGCAGGCCUAUCUUGUGCAAUGCUUCAACCGCAAACGCCGCAACCGCAGCAAGCCACUUUUCCACCACUUCACCACUGCCAUUGACACUGAGAACAUUCGCUUCGUCUUUCAUGCGGUCAAAGACACAAUUCUUCAGGAGAACCUUAAAGACAUAAUGUUGCAGUGACUUUUACAGUAAUUUGAUCUGUUUUGCCAUUGUUUGAGUCCGUUUCCCACCCUAUUGCUGGAGGAAAUGCAUUCUUGACUUCAUUUUAACCAGUUUUACUUUGACAACUGUGCAGGAAAAACAUCAUGGUGCAAAAUGUACUUUGCAUCGUGUGUUAGCUAAUCAUGUACUCCAAUAUCCAGUGCUUUAUAUUUGAGACAUGGCGAAUGAAAAUGAUGUGAAUCUCUUUUGGUCAUCAUUCAUUUUGAUGUCUUCCUGUGAAACAGGAACUUUGAAGACACCUUGGAUUGUAGAAAAGCCAAGAACAUUUGAGGGUAUUACAGUUUGCCAGUGCAAAGAAAAUGAAGCAGACUAAUAAUCAAUCGUUAUUGAGUAUUUCACCUCUUUCCUCAAGGAUAAACUUAAUGCACAAUAUUACACUGGCUCAUCUCCCAAACAGCAUCCUAAAAAUAAAUCACAAACCUGCACUGAACAUCCUGUUUGAACAAGUAGUUAAUAUCAUGUCACUUGACAGGUUUAUUUUUUAUUUAAUCUUAACAUUUAAAUCACAUUUUGCUUUAUCUAUGCUUGUAAGUUUAUAGAUGAUAUGCAAAAUUCUCAUUAACAACUAAGCAGGGUUUUUGUACAUAGAGUGAAUAGGAGCUUUUGUACAUGUUAACUGUCUCUUCUGCUUUUAUGUGUCUCUUCACAUUAAGCUACAAGCUUUGAAAUAUAGAGUAGGGUCAAAUCACUGGUUAUGCCUAACACCACUAAUAAUGCAUUAAUGGUAUUCUUUAAAUGUCAUUAUUGCACAGCAUAUGUACUUUAUGAGUAUAAAUAUGACGUUAAUCCUCUUGAAAUGUAUGUAACCUGUGUAGUUAAUGACUUUACAAGGAGUCAACCUGAUGUUGUUUGGGGACUGAGUUUUAUUCUCUGGGUCUUGAUGAAUGUCUGCUGUGAACAGCUGUGUGCUUUUUGUUUUAGCUGGAGUUGCGAUCCCGGACGAGCCCCCGAUUUGUUGCGCCAUGUUGUGAUAUAUUCUUUUAAACUACUUCAUGAACUGGGUGUGAAGUGACUUCCUGGUGAUGUCUGCAAGUGCUAAGAAGUAUUUGUUGUGGAAGGUGGCACAGUUCGAUCCAUUUUCCAGAGAUCUGGUUUUGUCAUCAGGUGUCCACUUGUCAGAAUUUUUUUUUUUUGUCAUUGUUUUAUGUUCAAGGAAAGCUUGAGAUACGUUAUCAAAUAGUUUUCAAGUUUUAACGAGCAUCAAGCCCUUUUCUUGCAUUCUUUCUUGUUUGCGGACUACAAUAGAAACUGUGACUCAUUUCUUGCAAAACAACAUUGACACUGUUUCUCUGUGCCCUAAAGGUUUUUAAAUUCUGCCCUUCCUCAUAAUCACCGCAGUGCCUUGUUGGCUUACUGAAAGUUGGCAGGAAGGGAUUUGAUUUGAGAUAUUGGACACACCCGUAACCUUUGUCCCUGACAGCUCUUCCCAGUGGGAGCAAAACACAUGAAUUUACUGGAAGAUCUCUGGCUUCUCUUGUGCACAUAAAGAAGCCAACUGGAUUCUUUAAUUCAAGGCUGUGUUUGUCCUUGUUUCCUCUUUUAAGACCACAAAUCCAUUGGGAGAGUUUGAAAGUUAAAUUGCGGAAAAGAAAUGCAGACACAGUAUGAAGGCUGUUAAAACUUGCAAUCAAGAUAAGCAUAUGGCAUGUAAUUAAUUUGAUAUAAAUUAUAUUUGGGGAAUAAUAAUCAAAACUUUUUCCAGUUGCAAUUGCAAGCUAUUGAAUAUGAUUCAACAACAGUAUUUAAUUAAGUUACAUUUGCUGCUCUGUUUUUUUGUCCCUCUUAGGAUCUCAAGAGUGUCACUAUUACCAGGAUGUCUACUUCAACACUCUUUCAGUGUUUUACUGUACUUUUUCAACUUUCAGAUUUUGCUUCCCUAAAGUUUUAAGUACCCAGUGAUUGUAAAAAGUGAGAAAUUCCAGAUUUUAACUUCAUUAUGUGUGUUUUGUAUAUAAGAACUGUUUAAAUACAAUAAAAUGUUGUGUUAUA